CUGAUCAUCGAUGUCAUCGGUGGAAAGGGCGAAGGGAGAGAAUUUGGGAGACAGAAUUGACCGUUAGUUUGAAAGAUCGAAGGAUCCGUGUGCUGUUGACCGUCCACUGAUGACUCCGGAAACAUGAACGUUUAACGGGAGUUUUCCCCUUCUCGAAAUUACACAACUACGCGCUUGUUCCGGUAGUAGUUCGAAUGUAUGACACUUUAUUCACUGCACAGCAUCUCGAAAUCGACGAACAAAAAGCAAAAUUAGAAUGGAUUUCUGUAAACAUUGACCCGGAUCGUCACAGAUCGGUGCCGCAUCAUUGCUGUUCGAAGAAAGCCGGCAGAAUUAUCCUUUUUUCCGCCCUAAAGUGAUCAUAAAAAGAAGUGUUCAUCAUGUUCAUUACCAACAUACUGCUGAAGAAAGCGAAAAGCAAGAAUAUCCUCGUGCUGAUGGAAAGUGCCGUCAGUGGGCAUCAGUUUACCAUGAUCCGCGAGCGGUUGGCCGACAAGCUGGAACUGCAGCGCUUUGACCCAUACAUUCAAAAGAUGUGCCUGUACCGGGAGCGCAAACGGCUACGAAGUCUCAACUAAACGCCCAUGUAUUUUCCCCCCGGCAUUGUCCGGCUGCAGCCGUAGUUUGUGUAUAUAAAUAAACCAAUACCGUGUGUGUGUGUGCGAAGCUUACCAAAA